AGGGCAGGGCAGGGCAGGGCAGGGCGGCCGAGGUUGGAGGAGUGAAGAAGUGCAGCUGCUAGAGUCAGUCUGCACCUGUCAUGCUUGCCACAGCCUCGCUGUACAACGGCGUACACGACUGGGCAAGCUCUGACCGGAUCCGGAUGUGUGGCAUUAAGGAAGACAGACGACCUUCACUCACAGAUGCAGAUCCCAGGACGAGUGCUCCACAGCUGAUAAGGACGGAAGAUACUCACAUUAACCACAUCCACGCUGAGGUGGAGACUGAACGAAUGAACAAUGGUGUCCAGCAAGUCGAGGGGGAUGAAUGUAACUUAUUGCAGGAGGAACUUCAAAACUGCAAGGAUAAUGUUCAACCUGCUUCUCAAAGAGCUGCCCCAAAGGAAGAGGAGGUAGCCCUCAUGGCCACCUUAAGUUCACAGUCAAAGACCGACCGAAUUCCCAAUGUGCAAAAUAAAUCACCGCAUGGGGAAAUGCCAGAAAAUGGAGAUAACCGGAUAAAAAAAUUGGAGAAUGUUGGACCACAUCAGAAAGCACAGCAAACGUUGUCAAAAGCUACUUGCACUCAAGAUCCAGGAAAAACGGACAAGCAAAAAUUGACUCCUGGGUCAGGGGCUCAAUAUCAAGGACAACCCUGGAUCAGUCCACAUUUAAACAGUGCUUUGCCAGGGAAUCACCAUUCUUUUAAUGCACUGAAUUCUUUGAACUUGUGCAAACCCUGUUUGUCACCUUCCCAGAGUUUACACAAAGUUCCCCAAUCUUAUUGUCCAUCAGUAUUUAACCAAAGUCAACCUUUAAUGUACUUACCACCUUUAAACUUAGGACAUUCACAUUUUGCAUCAUCCCUGCCAACAAACAUGGGAGUUACAGGAGUGCAUACAAUACAACCAUUUUUACCCAAUAAAAGUAGAGGCACUAAUUUGGCUCCAGAAUUGCAACCAUAUUUUCAUCCAAUGCCCCAAAGCAGAUCUUUGACCUCAGAACCUAAGGCCUUGGAAAAGAAACAGGACUCUAAUAAUUCUGUGUGUAGUUCUUCCUCUGUGUGCAGGUAUUCCAAACCCACUUACCCAAAAAACAAAAUACAAUCGGAAUCAUCUCAAAAGCAACCAUUUUUAACACCCCUUCCUCAUACUUCAUUGCCACCACCCCACACUUAUUUCACCAUCAGCAGUGAAAUGCCUUUGCCAAGGAAGAAUUCAAACAGUAGGUUACCCAAACUUCCUGAGCAUAGCAUAGUUCAGCAGCACUCACAUGGAGAGACCUCACAAACUCCUUUAAUGGUGUUCAGAUCUCCACCUCAUCUUGAGAAGCAGAUAUAUCCAGAGGAAGUCCGUGAUGUACCUCUUGAUUUGUCUGCAAAAUCUGCCUCGUUUGGUAUAGGGAUUAAACAUAAUCCUAUAAUUGAACUGCGUAAGACACCUCCUAUGCCAGUGUUAACACCUGUUAAAGGGGAUCGGUCAUUUUCCGCACUGCACUCUAAAGGUGACCAUCUUUCACCCAGAAUACCUCAAAGUAGCUACAGUACUAGCAGUAUUAAAGGAAGCUUGGGUUUGACACCUCCGAUUGUGGUUUUCCCGGAUACAAUAAGAAAUGGGGCUACUUUACAAAGGAAUUCUAUAGAUCCUUUGGCUUUUCAGCCACUGAAUCCAUCUUGGUCCUGGCUGAAAGGUUCCAGUAGCUUGGUCACUUGCAAUCCAGGGACUUUUUUUGGUGUGGCCAAUGCUGUACCUGCCUCCAUGUUACAGAUUGGUAAUGGAGAUCCCAAUACUACUGCUAAGCAAGAACCGAUUUCCAUAGUUUGUCAAGGUGAUCAGCAGUUGGUACUUCCCAAAGUUACCAAGACAGGGCAGACAAAUAAAAAUGCAUGUAGAGAGCAUGUUGUGAAGGAAACUAAUAAUAGUUCCUCCCUCAGCUCUUUUAUAUCUACCCCCAGUGAAGUGCUACCAUUUCACCCAAAUCUAUAUUCCCCAUUCCUCAUCAGAAGUGGCAUUCCCAUCAGCAACCUCCCUCUAGCUCGGGAUAAAUCUUUGUUUCAUUAUCCACCAUUGUUGCCCAAUGGCAGUUGCUCGGCAGGACAGUUGUCGCUAACUCAAGAAAUUCCUUAUGGUCUAUACCAGAGACCAUAUCCCAGAGGUGAAUAUACUUUAUUUCAGAGUCAACGUUGUGUAGGUGCUGUGUGGAUGCCACAUAAAAUUCAUGGAGAAAAGACUAAGGAAGACCAGCUUCAGACAAUGGGGUCACCAUUGUCCAACCUGGAGUCUAUAGUUCAGAGCAGGGCUUUGGAGAUGUUUACAGUGGAAAAUAAAAAGGAUAUUUCUAAAUCAUUUACUCCAAAGGAAAUCAGUAAGGAAGGUACUCCUUUCAAAGAUUUGAAAACGCCUUCUUCCAGUAGUGCAAAUGUAAUUGACUUGAGGUGUUUACCUUCUGAAAACCAAAACCAAAAUGGUCAAAAAGAUCAGCAGAAUAUGAUUUCCACCACUGAAGUGGAGAAUGGACGUCGGUAUAAGUUUAAAGCCAAUGAAAAAAUCUUGAGUCACAAUUUGAAACAUUCAACAGAUAUGGGUCAAGAUGGAAAAGUUCAGGUUAAGGACCUGCAAGAUCAAGGAGCAAUUUAUUUACCUUCGAAUGACUUGCUGUUAAAUAAUCAGAGCCAUAGACCUAAGGAUCUUCCUGUUCUGGAACUCCAAAGUACCACAAGUUCAGAGUUUGAGAUUGUACAGGAAUUAACAAAUGGAAGUGCAACAUCCUCCAAAUUAUUGACUGUUGCACAUCAAUCCAUGAAUAUAGGUGUUUGUAAUGAGAGAGAGCAUUAUGCUGCUGAACCAAUCAAAUGUACUUUUACCAAAGAAAAGGAGGAUAGUUCAGUGAAGAAUCUAGUUUCGGAAUGCAAAGGAUCUAAUUCAGCUAGGUGCAGUGCAACCCCAUCUAGCUUUGUGGGAGACAAAUUCAAUUGUAUUAAGAAGGAAGAUAUGACAAGUUGCAGCAGGUUGAAUCGGGAGCAGCGGACCAUUCAGGGAUCCAAAAGACGGUCAAGCAAUCUCGAAGUGAGUGGUAGAGAGAAUGAGAAGGAUACACCUCCAUCCAAAGGAUGUGAUGGUGAAAGUCGAAGAAGCAGGCGACUGAGGACACCAAAGACUGAAUCGCCUUCUGGAACAGCAAUAAAAGAAAAAGAUAUUCCUCUGAAAAAGGGCAAAAAUAGUUUUAAGGACUUCAUUCCAGUGGUGUUGAAAACCAGGACUCGUAGUCAGUCAGUUAGGUACCAUUUGGCGUUGGAAUCAUGUUUACUUGUAGAAGAAAGGGCAGACAUCAGUGGAGAAACUAACUGUGGCUCAUCUGUACACGUGGCCAGUAAUCAGCGAGAGAGUGCAUUAGAAGAACAACAACCUAUGCACGAGAAAGUGGAAGAUGGCUUAAAAGAAACGCAGGACUCGAAGGCUCAGUUGUUUGUAACAGAGGACAAAACGAAUAAAGAGACCAAAGAAAAUGAGAUUAGAAGGACUGUUGAUGGCUUAAUUACUGAGCCAGGGGAACAGCAUAGUUUGGAGUCACAUGACUUGAACUGUACAGCAGAGACUGAUGAGAAUUGCAAAAGUCUUGAUGAACGGAACUCUGCCAUCAAAAGACGAACAAGAAGAAGCAGCAAGAAAAUAAAAAGUGAACCGGAUUGUGAAAUCUCUAUUCAUCAAGGGGAGGAAAAUAGCACGGGGAUACACACACGACAGAUAGCCACGCCAGGUAAUCGGACACCUCUCAUCUCACCACGAAAGAGAUCGAGUCUCUCAUCUAAAUUUCCCAGCAUUGAUUGGAACCUGAGUCCGAAACGCAGCUCUUCUGUGCCAAGUAGUGCACGGAAACACAAGGACUCUUGUAGCACUGGGAAUCUCAAUUUGGAGCAUACGCCAGAUUCUUCAAACCAGCACCAGUCAGCAAAGCCAUCAGGAAAGCGCAAGUGUAAGACAAAGCACAUUAUUGGGGCCCAAUCAUUAGACGAAGAUACGAACAAAGAACACCAAGAAAAAAGCAAGAUUAAAGUAAGGCAGAACCAUACCCAAAAGCGCUCAGCAUCAAUGCAAGAUUCUGAUUGGACCCCAUCACCAAAGAGGUCGCGUGAUUAUUCAGGUCGUUGGACAAAACGGAGAUCCUCUGUCACACCCGCUAAACGUACACCAGUACAGCUGCAGUCUCCAUCAACUCAGGCAGAGACAUCCACAGGACAACAGCCACAAUCUGAAGGGCGGAAGCUAAUAGUGAAUAAGAAUGCCGGUGAAACACUGCUGCAGAAGGCAGCACGAUUGGGCUAUGAAGAUGUAGUUAUCUACUGCCUUGAAAAUGAAGUAUGCGACCUGAACCACCGGGACAAUGCAGGUUACACAGCACUGCAUGAGGCUUGCGCACGUGGAUGGCUGGAAAUUGUCAUACGUCUAUUGGAUCAUGGAGCAGAUGUAAACUGCGGGGCACAGGAUGGUACCAGACCCAUUCAUGAUGCAGUUGUGAAUGAUCACCUGGAUGUUGUUCGGGUCCUUCUGUCAUACGGUGCAGAUCCCACCCUCGCUACCUAUUCGGGUCAAAGUGUUCUGAAGAUGACUCAUAGUGAACCAAUGGAACAGUUUCUUACAGAGUAUUUUACUGAUCUUAGAGGCCGCAGUGAGAAUGAUCCAGCCCUAUCCUGGGAGUUUUAUGGAAGCUCUGCAUGUGAAUGGGGCAAGCAGAUGGCGUGUGAUAUUCUGGCAAAUCCCCCUGAUGAAGAGAAAGAUGAAGACAAGAAUUAUUUUGUGUUUGAGUUUUCAGACAAGCCUUUUCUUCUGUGUUACAAUAUACAAACUUCUCUUUCUUGUAGCCCUUGCAACUGGCUGCUAUUACCUGCUGUCCUCCGAAGACUAAAAAUGUCUGUUAGGAUUUUCCAGUCCCGCUAUUCUCACUUUGAAAUUGCCACCAUUACUGAAGCUGAAUUUUACAGACAGGUAUCUACCAGCCAGCUCCAUCCCCAGCUUAGUGACCUCCAGUUCUGCUCUGUGGAUGGGAGGAUGUCUCUGCAGUUGGUACGGUGUGUGCCCGAAUUACUAGACCUUCUAGGUUCCACCAUGGAAUUAUUGACUGAAGACUGUGAGACUGUUAUUAAAUUCACAAGGUGAAAAACUGAAAUCAUGAGCAUCUGAUAAACUGUUCCUCUCACCCUGCUCAAAAAUGAGAUGUGGGCUGAAAUGGGUCCUGUCCAGUGUACGAUAUACCAGCCAAACCUUAUCUUCAGAGUGGUGUGAACCAACCAGCGCAACAAAACAAUUACAAAAAGGUGGCUUUGGAGGUGACAAAACGGGUUUGGUACAGCCUCUGAGCUUAGCAGUGCAACAGCUGAUGUAAGGAUUACUGGGAUGUUGAAAGUAAAGUGUUAAUGUUUUAACCAGGUCUAAAAUAUUAAUUCCAUCUAAUUAUGUUGAAGUGCAUUAACCAUCAAAAAUAAUUUGUAAUCAUCAAUGGACUAUUUGAUUUAAGUAAUCAAUAGCUGACCCUCCAUCCCAAUUAAUUCUCACCCAUAUUUUUGUUAUGAAAUUGGUUUGUUUUGUGUCCAGAUCCCCACUUGUCUGAACCACACACUAAUUUUAUUUGGGACAACAACAUGAUUUAUUACUUGAUCUUCUGGUUGGGAAAAAAAAGUGAGUGGCCUGGGGAAUUUUACUUCCUCUGCCUCUAUCCACUUGUGUACACAAACACACAGAAUCACCACAGGACUCUGGCCUCUACUUGGCCCUUCCAAACUGCAGCGGUGCUGAGAUCUGGAGCUCACCUGAGUGAGUGGAUCAAAGCUGCACGCCACUUAGUGGCAAGUUAUGGUGCUCUAACACUGCACUACCAUGCAACUACCAUGAUUAUUUUUGUGUAAAGGAAACAUGGCAGUGAGUAUGUAACUAUUUUUGAUUGAAUUGUAUCUAACUUCCUGCACAAAGUAGAACAUUGGUUUUCAUUAAAUGUGAACUGAGUGUCAUCAUUUGGGAUCUGAGCACACUUAUCCGUGAUGACAUUAUCUGAAUAGAAACCAUAGUACCAGUGCCUAAGAGACAAAUGCCCAGAGUUUAGAUUGAAAUUGUUCAAUGUAUAGGAACUGGACACUAGCUCUGAUAUACAACAGAAUUACAUUCUGCUGGUUAGAAAAGGUACUGAACUUGACAGCGUGCACCUAAGAUGAGAUGGUUCCAUUAUAAGUGCAUGCCUGCAAAGUUGAAUAACCACACUGAACAGCAGAAUUUCACCCCCAGACAAGCUUGUGGCAGGGGAUAGCCCAGUGAAGUAAUUUGCAUUAAGAAAUUGAUGAGUUUUAUUUUAAAAUAUAAGUUUACUGGAAUAUUUUAUUUUGUGGUAGAAAAAUCUAUUUGAAUCAAAGUUAGACUGAGCAGACUGAUGUAAACGAAUGCUGGGAUAUAUGCUGAUGGGUUAAAAAGCUUACAAAGCAUAAUAGUGCUUCACAAAUAUCUUGGUUAAUAUUCUAUUAUUUGAGCCCUGCCUGAAGAGACUUACUCUGGAAUGGUAAAGUGUCUUUCAAUGCUUGUUUAGUUAAUCCCAUGACAUGAAUUGAGCUAAAAGCCACACAAAAUUAAGAGGACAAUGCCUUAUUAGUUAUGUGAAGGGUAAAGGUAAAGUGGGUUCCUUCAAUGAAUAAGAUACUUAAGAUGUGAGCAAACAGCCUCCUAUCAACUCCAAAGCAGAUUCAAAAUUGCCAUUCCUAGCUGCAACUGCUUUACAAGUUACAAACCACACUCCACCUCAAGAUUCUACCUUUACAAUUUAAAAUAAACUAUUUCAGACUUAACAUCUUCGGUCUGUCGACUGAUCCACCCAGAUGUUAAUAUGCUCGAGCUCCAUUGUCCAGGUCGAAGGAAUGACGGUGGACUUGAUUUGCUCUCUCAACCCACCACACUUAGGUCCACUGCAGCACUGUACAUCACCUGGUUUCCUGUCUUUUUUAACAAGUUAUUUAUUUGCACUACAUCAAUGCAUCCAACACAAGCUACCAAUUUAUAAAGUUGAGCACUUCAAUAUCCAUUGUAAGUUUUAACUGAAAACAUGGCUUUUUUAAUAAAGCAUUUACUUUUUUUAAAAAAGGGAAACUUCAUUCUACCACAGUUAAGUGUCUCAUUGACAGAAAAGAAGCAAUUCCAUCAGCCCUUUUUUUAAAUCAUUGUAAUUGUUGCAGGGUAUCAACACUGGUGAGCAAUGCUCCAUACAUGAGUUUUAGUAUGAAACCCUGGACCUUUUCCUAACUGAACAGCAAUGUGUUGGUUUAGCUACAACUGCUUGCUCAAUUUGUUAGGAAUGCAUUAUAACUAGGUAAUAGUAUUUUACUAUUAGAUUAAGAUCUUAUCUGAUCAACUCUUAGUAACCUUAAAGGUCUAUAAUUCGCUAAGUAGACAUUUUAAAUAGAAUCUGUUGAUACAAGACCAGUGUCACUUACCAUCAUUUAAGCUGAUGCUGAAAGCAAGCCUUGAUUUCAGUGGAAUUUUGUGUAAUAUCUGGAUGCAGAGUUUGAUUGAGAAUGAUUCAAGCAGAUUUUUUUAGAAAAAGAGCAGAAUAUAUGUACACAUACUGGGUCAGGCUCAAAUGAACUCAUGCAUGCAGCUUUAGAACUCAGUACAAAGUGAAAAAAGAAACCUUCCUUUGAAAAAUCUGUUAAACCAUGGAUUCCACCCCCACCUCCCCACCGCCUUUGCCUCCCUCCAAAAAAAAGAUUUGAAUGAUAGUUAUGUCAAUGAGAGUCUGAUUUGAAAUGGGACUAUUGUAAAAUCCAGGCUUCAACUUUGGUUUAAUUCAGGAGUAUUCGGGCAGAAUGUUUUCAUGGCAAUAAGAGCUAAUAGGACUGGACAUUUUUAGAUUAGUGAGAAACAGAUAUAAUAAAUACACACCACCUCUAUUAAUAAUGAAGUCAAACCGCACUCUUUAUCUAGGAUUUUGUAAGUCAGUCUGUUAAGCUCCCAGCUUCAGUUAGUGACAUAGCAGCCCUAAUAUGCUCAAAACACUCAAUUGUUUGUUUUAUGUUUCCCAAUUUGUAAGUUUCUGAAAGCUACACCGUUAUAGACAUGGAAAAAAAACCUUACACUGUCCAAUACAAUAUAGUAUGCAAAAAAAGUUAAUUCAAUGUCAUUCGUCCCUUACAGAAUAAAGUGAUUUUUUUCUUCCACCAGGUCCUGACAGAACAGAUUCAUUUUAAAGUUAGUAUUGCUCAAAUUAUUGCAAUGUGAAAUUGAUUAAGUCUUGUCGGCUGUCACAAAAAAAAAUGCUCUGCCACAAUCAGUUUGUAUCCCAGCAUUUGCUAAAUGGCACUUCUGUUCACUAAGAGUGUCCAACUAUGUAGGGACUGAAUUCUGCUAACUAAUUUGCGUUGCUAUUGCAAUGUGUCAGAUGAGGUAGAUGGAUUUUGGAUCUCCAACAAAUCUAUUAAGUUGUGUAGAUUGUUGCAGUGUAUAGAUAUGAGUAUUGACUUGUUCAACUGCUGCAGUUGUCCAAAAUAAAUUCCCAACAAGCCUGCACAAGGCAGCAACCUCAUGUCAUGGACAAAUCCUCCUUGCAAGAUUGUAGACUUGUGUAUAUUUUGUACAGUGUUUGAUAUUGCAAAGUUGAGUUGGAACCCUGUUGGUUAACUCUUGGUUUAUAUAAAGAUGUCUGCAUUGUUUUGCUGAAAUACUGAACACAGGCAUUGAUGGUUUCUUGAAAUCUUAGUGUUUAUACAUUUGCUGUUUAUAUACAGUUUUGGUUGUUGCAAAAAGAAUGUAAAUUAUUUAAAAGCCAGCACAUUUCAUUAGAAGAUUCAACAAAACUAUGCUCUCUAUUGGCAAUACAACGUAUAUAAAAUUGGAUGUUUUGAAUUCAUAUUUGAGGAACAAAUGAAGAGAAGACCUUGCUGUUCUGUUCAUUAAAAAUAUAAGUUAGAUUGCCACACCACAUUUAUACAAUUAUCUGGCAACAAUUCCCAUUAAAAAUAUUUGGAUUCAUAUGUUCUUCUUUAUAGAUUCACUUUAUAGAUAUAGAAGCUUUAUAGAUACUUUGUAAUCAAAACAGCAGGGCUAGACCUGGAUUAAGAAUGUUACACAAGAGAAACAAAUUAUGACUGAAAGUUGUGACGAGGUAUAAUAAAGCUGGUCCCUAUUUUUCUACAGGAGUGACCAAAUAGUUCGACUAUGAACAUCCAGUCAGAGACCUUUCUUUUACAUCAGUGUCGGUUCCUAGCUGCAUGUUAUUAUCUUUUUGUACUCAGAUGAAAGGGAUGAUUUACGCUAACUGGUCAGAACCAAACACGUUCCUACUACUAAUGUCUUUUUUUUAAAAAAAGCCCUAAACUUCAGUAGUGAAGUGCACACUUAUAGGAAUUCAACCUAUCUCUCAAGAGGAAUAGCACAAAGGUUUUAAGUGCAAAAUGUCUUGUUCUCCGUGUUCCUUUGAUUCUUAUACUAUAUGCUGCUAUGUUUAUUAAUUGUAUUUAUUUACACUUCCUUUGUGAUAGAUUGGAUGUUUAUUUUACCAGACAACAUUUUUAAUGUUUAACCUUACUGAGAAGCUCAGUUCAACUACUUUCACCACAAUUAAAAGAAAAAAAACCUCUGAUCCAAGCUCCCCGAUGGUAUAAUGGCCAAAGACUUGGUUUUGUGUAGUUCAGUCCCAGAGAGAUGGAGAUUCAGUUCUCUGUCUAUGCCAUAAACUGGUUCCAGGUGAGGAAACUAAUUAGCAUUAUAAAUUAGCCUUUGUGCUCCCCUCUAGAGAAGGGAGACUUCAGGCAGGUAGGAUUCCUACAGGUGAUUGCUAUUCAGUGCUCCCUGCUGGAAAAGUGCAGGUCAGCACAAAGUUGCAAAAUUCCUUAAAGGUUUUCAACCUGAGUAAGAACUACAACAUUUGGAAAUUUGGCUUCAAAAUUUAGAAUGAAAACUUAAAUUUUAAGAUGACAGAGGGGAGAAAAUUGGCAGGGAACCAUCACCCUGAUCACAUACUGUACUUUGCACUGGUGUACACUUAUUAGAAGCUAGAUGUUCACAUUUAUGGCUGCACUUAUCAUACAGAGUACAGGAGGUUUAGCCAGAUAUUAUCAUUUUUUAAACAGUGAUAAAGUAGUCUCACCUUUGUGAGGUGCAGCACUGAGGUAGUCAGUCACCAGACACCAGUCACAAGCUUUGAAUUGAAAUUAAAAAGAAAUAGCAGCCUCGACUUUAGCACCUUGUGACAAGACCAUUCAAUGUUGAUCCCUCCAAAGCACUUGAUGGCUGAUAAUAGGAAAGUUAGGAAAUUAAUUUUAGAAUUUCUUCGUCUGUUUAAGAUUUAGUGACUAAAAUGAAACAACAGGGGACGAGUUAUUGGAUCAGUGUUUUUACGUUAAAGAUGAAUUAAUUCCCACAAUUUUCUUUUCUAGUUUACAAGAUGUGUAGUUUCUACCAGCACUCCAAAACCUGGUUUAAUGGCAUUAUUGCAUAUUUAUAAAUCGCCGAUUAAAAUGUAAAUAUUCUUCCUCCAA